UGUUUCCCAGUUGUUCCAGUUAGUGAUUUGGGAAAGGUCUCAUUUUAUACCAAAUGUGUAACAAAAAAACAACAGUAGUAGAUCAAGGAAUAAAGUAAAUGACAAUUUAAUGACGUUCAGAUUAAGCUAAUAAUUAUACAAUUCAACAUGGCUUCGAUGGCGACUUCUUUUGCCGAACAGAAAAGUGAGGAUGGUGCGUCAACUAGUGCAACUUCAAUUCCUGUGAGCGAACAACCGUUAAUGAAAGGGCCCCCCGAAGAGUUAUCCCCAACUCAGGUGUAUAAACUUAACAGCAGACUGUGGUUCGAAUUAUGUAUUGGUGCUUUCGCAUUGAUGUGGUUGCUAGUUGUGGUCACGCAAAUAGUGAAUAGUGUCCCAACUUAUAUGUCGAAAACCGGAUAUAAGUUACCUUCAUACUACUGCAAAGACGUGUGCAGCAUUUCCCUGGUAGAAAUGAUUCCGAUUGGUUUCGAAAUGGAUUAUGUUUCAAAAGAUUCAAUAUAUAGUGCUUGGCUAAGUUUGUUGGAAGCAGCUGAAAAAACGAUAGAUGUAUAUUCGUUUACUUGGAGAUUGCAAGGAGCAGACCAAAACUAUGACCUAACUUUUGAAGGCAACGAUUUAUUUGAAGUGCUUCAAAAAUUUGACUCAGACAGGAAAGGCAAACUCAACAUUUUUGUAGAUAAUUCCACUUGGCAUGGCAUCACCUUAAGAGAGGUUAGUCAGCUGGAAAACUACCACGUACAACUCAUGCAUUUCGCCCCGGCAAAUGAGACGCAUACCACUGCCUGGGUGGUCGACAAAAAACACCUUCACCUUGGUACAGCCAGUGUCGAUUGGAGGCUUUUCCGACAGGGCAAGGAAAUGGGUGUCCUCAUAAAGAAUUGUUCGUGUUUGGCAGAGGAACUGCAUGAUAUUUUUCAUGCAUUGACUGUGCAACCGAGUGCAAUUGACAUAAGACCCGAGCUUCCCAAAUUACAUCGUAUCGACUUUGACAAUGAAUAUGAAAUGGACUCGUUUUUCACGAUUUCCGGGCCAAUGAAGCAUUUUAUCAAAGGAAUAUCUACCGAAGAUGCCAUAGUCAAAGCGAUAAAAAAUGCGGACGAGUUUAUUUAUAUAUCAGUGGUCAAAUACUAUCCUUUUAGGAAAGAACUGCCGGGUGUACUAUAUUUGAAAAAGAUUCACGAAGCCCUGCUUGGAGCUAUAGAAAGACAAAACGUUUCUAUAAAACUUUUAACUUCUUGGACAGAAGGCAGAGAUGAAGAAGAACAAUAUCUCAAUUCAUUUCAACGAUAUGCACAGGAAAUUACUGGAAGGAAUUUUCAAUUGAGAAGAUUUGCCUUUCCUAAGUUCUCCAACAAGAACGCUUCUACAGAUCAUAACAUGUUCCUGGUGACCGAUAAUACAGCCUUCAUUGGUAUAUCGGAUUGGAGCGCGGACUAUUUUUUUGAUACGCCAGGGGUUGGGUUAGUUCUGCAAGAAGUAAAUCGGACGAGUAACCAAGCAAACCAAACAAUCAGGGCCCAACUUAUAGAGCUUUUCCAGCGGGAUUGGAACAGUCGGUAUGCAUUUGCUUAAGGGGGAAACCAAAUUAAAAGGUUUUUCAGAAUCGACUUUUUUAUAACAGAGAUCAUUAACUUGCUAUCCUAGACUAUUCUGUAAAAAUUACAAAGUAAAAUUGGUGUGUCUUUAGGUUUUAUGAGCAUGGAGUCGAACGCUUAUCGGGUGCACUUUCACGCUAGAGCGCCCAAAAUGUAGAAGCUUUAUGUCCUUACUUAAUCUUGCACCGAAAUGCAAAUAGCGUAUUUAUAAAUAACUAGCUGACCCGGUAGACUUCGAACUGCCUCAAUCGAUUUGUCAGCUCGAACGAUAAUAUUAUGGCUAUCAGAUGGCAUCCGAUCCAAUGCUAUUUUGAACAUGUUUACUAAAUUGUUAUUCUGAUGCAGAAACAUUUGUAAUUCAUGGACAAUGGUUCUCUUUACUCUUGGAUUGUGAGCACAACGAUUAUCAACUUCCACAUCUGAAUUGCCCAUAAAAUAAAUUUGUAAAAAUUGAUAAUCUGCAUCAGGUACUGUGUCCCCAAUAAGUGAUAAAUUUGUCCUUGUAUCUGUAAUUUGUAAAAAUUUGUCGAUUAAUUAUUUCCGAUACAUACAUUUUAGUACAUGUUGAAUAUUAUAAAAAAUAUUAUAUACCAGAACCUUGAAAGUGGGCAUGAAAUUGUCCUGUAU